UUGCCGGCGUGAGCGAUGCACUGGCUGCUGCCGCUGUCCCACACCGUGACACUGACCGUCGGGCACGUGAGGCGAGGCAUUUGCGGGCUCGGGAUGUUCUAUGCGGUGAGGAGAGGCCGCAAGACCGGCGUCUUCCUGAGCUGGUGAGACGGAGCCGGGCGGAGCCCUUUCUUUAUUCUAAACAGCAAACGGCUUGUCGAGUCCUCCCGUGAUGCAAGCAGAGACUAUUAAAGAGAACGAUAAUCAUUGCAGACCAGAAUUUACACAAGGGUUCCCGAGUGCUGGUCGUUCCUGUGGGUGUUUUGUUUGUGAGACAGGACCCCCUGUACCAACUUGAACUUACGGUCUUUCUUCCUUCACUCCCUAUUUUCAGGGGUUGCAGAUAGACAAGCAGCUGAGCUGCAUCCUCCACUCCUCCUUUUUUUUUUUUUUUUUUUUUUUUUGGUUUGGUUUUUCGAGACAGGGUUUCUCUGUGGUUUUGGUACUCCUCCUGUUUUUAAACAGGGCAAUCGGGUGGUGCCAAUUGUUUGUAAGCUCUGUACUGGUGAGUCUGAGGCAGGAGCAUCAAAUUAGAGGUCAGCAUGGCCUAUAGAAGGAAAACUUCACAGAGAGGAGAGGAAGAAGGGGGCGAGAGAUGGGAGAGUCUCAAGCUAGAAGCUAGUCUUUGCCUUUGGAUCCUUGUAGCAGCCCUUGAAGGCAGAUGAUGUCUUCAGUGUCAUGGAAGGGUAUGUGGCAGAAUCAGGGCUUGAACCCAGGUUUGGGCCUAUAUGACAGUAAACUUCUGAUGUCAAGGUUUGUUGUCCCUGUGCACCUGUAUAUUUACCUGGCCUCAGUGGCGACAGUACUGAGGAAGAAAUGUCUCCAAAGAGAACCCUUUUUCGGUGACUGGAUUUUUUGUUUCUUUAUUUGUUCUGAUUUGGUUUUUGUUUUUUUGUGAUAUAGUUUCUUUUUGUAGCCUAGGUUGUCCUGGAACUAACUCUGUAGACCAGGCUGGCCUUGAACUCACAUAGAUCUGUCUGCCUCAGCCUCCAGAGCUCUGAGAUUAAGGGGGAGUGCCACCACUGCCUGACUUGAUUGAUUCUUAAAGAUGAACAAAAUUUUAGUACGCAGUGAAGUUGUGGAAGACCCUAUGGUAUUAGUGUACCUCCUGGAUGGCAUUUAGCAGAAUGGGCUGGCCAGUCUUAACACUGAAAAGGGAGCUAAAUUGUGAGGUAUAUUAUGCAGACCAAAAAAGAGUUAUUAAAGAUGAAACAGUGUGGAGGAAUACUGACUGUAUCAUGCUAAGAGAAACGACAGGUUGAAAUGGUCUACGGUGCGUGUUUCCAAAUACAUGGCAUCCCGGAACAAAUGCAGAGAUUGCUGCACAAGUCAGUGUUUUUAGGGUUAGAACUGAGGGAGGGAUGAAUGUGAGAACAAACAGGUUUUGUUUGGAGACAGACUGGCCUUGAACUGGCUAUAAAUCAAAGAUGACCCUGAACAUCUGAUCUUUUGUCUCCACUUCCCAAAUGCUGGGAUGAUGGGUGUGUACUCCCAAACCAAGGUGGUUUGGGUUGCGAUUUUUGAGACAGGGUUUCUAAGCUGCACUGGCUGGCCUAGACCUGUAUAUGGAUUAGGAUGGUGUUGAAUUUGGUGAUCCUCCUGCCUUGCCUCUAUUGUGUGGGAUUAUAGGCAUGCAUCCCCCCACCUCCAGGCUCCAUCCAGGCAGGGAUUUCUCAGGCAUGAGGUUGUUCGGAAUGGUGUGGUAACGUGGACCCAUGUCACCGUCAUUGCGCAUCCACUAAACCUGUAGACUUCACAGCAUUGUCAGUGAGCCCCAUUGGAAGCAAUGGGCUAGGAACUUCUGGAGGCAGAGGCGUACAGAACUAUUGACUUUCUGUUCCUUUUUUUCUGUUCCUGUGAACGUAAAACUUCUGAAAAACUUGACACUGGCCGGGUGGCGGUGAUGCAUGCCUUUAAUCCCAGUACUCGGGAGGCAGAGGCAAGUGGAUUUCUGUGAGUUCAAAGCCAACCUGGUCUACAGAGUGAGUUCCAGGACAGGAGUGAGUGCAGAGCGCAGGUGGACCGGUUUCCUGCCGCCAGGUUUAAGAAGUUUGCCACAGAAGAUGAAGCUUGGGCCUUUGUCAGGAGCUCUCCAAGCCCAGAGGGCUCAAAGGGGCAGGAAACUGAACACGUGCAGGACUUAGAGGUGAAGACCAGCAAGCGGCCUCGGGAGCCUCUGGGUGAAGGGGAAGAACUGCCCGAGCCAGGAGCAAAGCACACCAAACAGAACACGGAACACAUGGAACCGGAUCCCCUAGUGAGCAAGGACACGUUUUCUUAUAUGGGAGAGUCUGUUGUAGUCUACACGGAUGGCUGCUGUUCCAGUAACGGGCGGAAUCGAGCAAGAGCAGGAAUUGGCGUUUACUGGGGGCCAGGCCACCCCUUAAAUGUAGGUAUUAGACUUCCUGGGCGACAGACAAACCAGAGAGCCGAGAUCCAUGCAGCCUGCAAAGCCAUCAUGCAAGCCAGGGCUCAGAACAUCAGCAAGCUGGUUCUUUACACAGACAGCAUGUUCACCAUCAACGGGAUAACCAGCUGGGUCCAGGGCUGGAAGAAGAACGGCUGGAGGACGAGCACGGGGAAGGAUGUGAUCAACAAGGAGGACUUCAUGGAGCUGGACGAGCUCAGCCAGGGCAUGGACAUCAAGUGGAUGCACAUUCCUGGUCACUCGGGAUUUGUGGGCAACGAAGAAGCUGACAGGUUGGCAAGGGAAGGCGCGAAGCAGUCUGAAAACUGAGCAGAGUGGUUGCUGCACACUCGGACCCGAGGCAGUGACUGUUCAUUUGCCCUGAUGUGCUGUGGGGCCACAGCUGGAAGACUCAACCAUGACCUGUGACACCACCGCUUGACGAGAAGUGCUUAAAUGAUGAAAGGGGAGGAAGUUUCAGCCUUUGUGCUUUGUGGGUCUGAUAUUCUUGUUUGAUUUGUUGUAGUGUGGCCGAAAAUGCUCCAGCUUGAUUUCAGUAGGAAUCGGUGAGACACUGGUCAGUAGGUGUGGUCUAAAGGUUCCAGAAUGUUUAUUUUCCUUCCGGUGUGCACAGGUACAAGCCUCCUGCCCUUGCAGGCGCCCUGUGUCUCUGUGUGCAUCAGAGAUGACAUGGCCAUGCAGGAGCUAAGGCUGGUCUGAGGCCAGGCAGAGCCUGCCCAGGUGACCUUGAUUCCCGGACCACCUUGAAGGACAGCUGAGGACUUUAAAAAUCAAGAUGCAUAAAUAUAUUACUAUUAGAUUUCUUUGGCUGUUUUUCCUAAAAAUACUGUAUAAAUUUAAAAAUGUUUAAAGUUAUCCUUAUUUAUUUUUAUAAUAAAAAUAUACAGGAAUUAUACAAAAUAAUUCAGUUUAUAAAGUUACUGUUAAAGGUACUAUCUAAAACUAGAAGUUGAGAAAAUCAGUCUAGAGAAACAGGUGGUCAGAUUGUUCUUAGGCAGACCCUCGUGGCCCUUAAGAAAUGGAAUGCCGUGCAGCCUUACUCUAGAGAAGACAGGGAUGACGGGGACACUGAGUCAGUGCUUGCACCUGUGCUGACUCUGAGUUCCUUAGACUGGGACACUGGGCUGUCUGCCAGAGCCCAGGGCAGGUGGAGUCAUCUCGUGAAGAUGCGAUGUUUUUGAUGUC